GGGGCUAUGGCGCUUCCUGACUGGAUGGUAACGCUGGUUGCCACCGCAUCCUUCUUCUGUUUCUUAUGUUUAUGUGUUCGCCACAGACGCAAAGUACAAGUGCAUUGGAGAAAAGUAUUCAGCAACAUAAUGGCCCGCACAGAGAAGCCGUUGUUCCGAAUCGCGUACACACUCUACACUAAGACCAGACUUGGCUACUUGUACUACAAGAGGCAAAUGAGGAAAGCCAGAGAACAGUACCCUGCUGGACACUCCACAUCUCAGCCAAUGGAGUUCAAUGGUAUUAAAAUUAUUCCCAUUCCGGUGCUCUCUGACAACUACAGCUACCUUGUGAUCGACACAGCCUCCAGUGUUGCAGUCGUUGUAGACCCUGCAGACCCUCAAAAAGUGCAGGCAGUUCUUGAGGAAGAGGGAGUGACUCUCGAAGCAAUACUCUGCACACACAAGCAUUGGGAUCACAGUGGGGGAAACAAAGGGUUGAAAAGGAUUCACAGCUCAUGCAGAGUAUACGGAAACACCGCUGAUAACAUUCCUGGCCUCACGCACCCUCUCUCACACAAGGAUUCAGUAACAGUGGGCCGUCUGCACUUUAAAGCCCUCUUCACUCCGGGACACACAGUGGGUCACAUGAUCUACCUCCUGGACGGCCAGACGGUCGACGCCCCAUCCAGCCUCUUCUCCGGUGACCUGGUGUUCCUCUCCGGAUGUGGGAGAACGUUCGAAGGUAGUUCCACAACAAUGCUGUCAUCUCUGGACACAGUCGCCUCCUUAAGUGAUGAAACUUUAUUAUGGCCUGGUCAUGAAUAUGCUGAGGACAACCUCCUGUUUGCUGCUGAGGUCGAGCCUCGUAACGCUGCCAGGGAAAACAAAUCUCAGUGGGUGCUGCUGCAGCGUGCCCAGAAGCUGUGCACGUGUCCCUCCACUAUCGGAGAAGAAAAGCAGUACAAUCCUUUCCUGCGGAGCCAAUCUGAAGAGCUCCAUGUGGCCCUGGGCGUCCAGCAGCUCCAGAACGAGGACUGGACCCAGUUCAGGGCCCGGGUGCUGGAGGAGCUGCGGAAACGCAAAGACCUCUUCAACAGGAGAUAGUACUGGAAACACUAAGCAGCUAAACACCUGGACUGGACAGUGGUACCAUGUGAAGCUAAGGUACUGAAUU